AUGAAUAGUCAGAAUACGACGUGUGUUCUGAAUCUGAAUCAUAAAAAACUGUACUUGAAAAACUCAAUUGAAAAACUUUCUAUUCAAAAGCGAACUUGUGACGUCUUUACAGCGCAAGAACUUGACGGGCUCGCUAAAGAAUUGUGUGAAUGUAAUCGCUGGCAUGACGAACAUGAGUUAUGUCGAAAGAAAGAUAAUCAAGCAUGGUUACUCGAAACACCGAAAUGGAAAUGGGAGACCCAUACUGCAUGUCUACCAACUGACGCUUACGGUCUGCUAAAAGGUUCCAAUGCGCCUUACAUUCGUUGUGACAUUCAAACCAAUCCUGAUAAAUUAGCUUUAGUUAUGUUCGAUGUAUGGAAGAUGUUCAAACCCCACUUAAUCAUGUGUAUCAUUGGUGGAUUUGGAUCUACGAUGAAUGUGCAAUUAGAAAAAGAAUUCAUUCAAGGCAUUACAGAUGCCGCAUUAUCAUCAAGUAAAGUGUCGUAUACUUUCAUUGAUCAGAAACAAUUAUUCACAUAUUUAGACGGUUGGUUAAUUACGAAUGGAUACAAAGAUGAAAUUGUUCCAAGAUUAGUUGGCGAAGCAAUUUAUAAAAAUAAACUCAAAAAUCUGCGAGUUGAUAUGAACGGACAGAAUGAAAAAUCGAACAAAGAAAUUUAUGCAGUGGGUGUGAGUAAAUGGGCUAAUGUAAAACAUCGUAAUGAAUUAGUUACGACCGUAUCACAGGAAGAAAAAGAUUAUAGACUAAAAAAGAAAAUUGGCAACCAAGAACUAGAACAACAUCAUACACAAUUUAUUUUACUUGAUGAUGGAUCACUAAAUCCAUCUGAUGUGGGUAGAUAUCGUUCACAACUAGCAAGGACAAUUUCUUCUGGUGCACAUCGAGCAAUACCGCUUGUUACAAUUGUUGUAGCUGGCGGUUUACAUACGCUGUGUACAAUCUUUGACGAUUUAUUAGCAAAAACACCUGUCCUUGUCAUUGACGGCACCGGAGCAAUCGCUGAUUUGCUUUCAAAAUUUUUAAAGCGUGGCGAAGAAGCAGAAGUAAAAGGUAUCCGAUUAACGAACGAAGACGAUGAAGUUGAUUGGAAAUUACUUGAUGACGAUGCUAGUGAAUCAGAUAAAUGGACGGACAUGAUCAAUAAAGAACUACAAAAGAAACUUCUUCAAGAAUUUAAAUCACAAAUAGGUGAAAUACGGCAAGAACUACGAAAGAUAUACGAGAUAGAAGAACUGAAUAAAAUGCGUUCAUAUAAAAAAUUAAUUAGUGGAUCAUUACAACCAGCGCAAGAACGUUAUUUACAACAAAUGGUUUUUAGGUUUAUGUAUUGUUUACAAAAUAAAAAUGAGAUUCGAUCAAAUAUAAAAGUAUUCAGUUUUAAUAAAAACAAUAAUAAUACUUUAUAUGAUUUAAUUUAUGAAACAUAUGUUCAAGCCCGCGAAAAUUUAGCUGAUAAGAACAGUAAACCGUUAUCGACAGAAGAUCAACUUCGUGUUGCACUAAAAUGGAGUCAUGCACAGGCAGCUACAGAAAGCCUAAACGAACAUAUGAAGAAUAACACUGAUCCUGAACAAAGACGUAAAGUUUUUAUUAAAGCUUUGUUGCAAGCUAAACCAGCAUUUGUGGACAAUUUUUUGAAACUUCGUUUUGAUUUACAAAAAACAUUAGUAGUAAAAAUGGAAGUACAACUUCUGCAGACCGAGCGACCCAAAAAACUGCACAAUGGAUGGAAAUGGAAAUCUGUUUCGCACAGUUUCCUAAAUCAAUAUGAAUUCAAUUAUUUAGAAGAAUUAUUUAGAAAAUCCAAAUCAGAUCAAUUAUAUAAAUUAGAUAAAAUUGUCCCUUCCAGUAAAUUGAGUAGAUUAGAUUAUUUAAAUGACGCAUUAAAAUAUCUGAUUGGUGAUUACAUGGUACCACUUUAUACAUCGGAAACUAUAACGUUACCGGUGGAAUUCCUGUCAAUAGCACCAAUAUCGUCGGUACAGGAACACCAACAAGAUUGCCGUGAAGAGAAAGCAUCAGGAAAUAAGAAUGAUGUGCUAUUGGAAUAUAUAUCUCGUGAUUUAUUUCUAUGGUCAAUAUUAACGCAUCGUAUGGAUAUGGCUAAAUUAUUUUUAUCAAAUAUGAAAACGCGUAUUUGUGCUGCACUAGUAGCAUCAAAAAUUCUGCGAACAAUUUGUAAAAAAGUUUAUGAUAACGAAGCAAGAAAUAAAUUAGAGCUAGAAGCAGAAGAUUUUGAAACAUUUGCCAUUGAAUGUUUAAAAUGUUGUUAUGAUGAUGAUAAAGAAUAUGCAUGUGAAUUAGUUAUAAGAAAAAUAGAGCUCUUUGGUGGUAUAACUUGUUUACAGGUGGCUGCUGCAGCAGAUAACAAGAAGUUUCUUCAUGAAGAAACCUGUCAAACUCUACUAACUAAUAUAUGGUACGAUCGAAUUGAACCACUAAGAGAAAAAUAUGUAUUUUAUUUCAAUUUAAUCACAUUUAAUCUAUUACAUUCGAUUACACAGUCAGAUACACAUGAUGUCAACACCAACAACCAAGAUAUGAUUGCAGAAGGGAAAAGCACUGCAAAAAGAUUAAAUGAGAUUGGAAUUAAUUAUACGGACGACUAUGGCAAAGAUUCAACAUGGUGGCAACGUGUACGCCAUUUUCAUUGGUCACCAGUAGCGAAAUAUAGUUAUAACUGCAUUGGUUAUUUAUGGUUUUUACUGAUUUUCAGUUAUUUUAUGUUAUUUAAUUUUGAUCCGAUUAGCUCUGUUGGAUACAAGAUACAUUGGACUGAAGUACUUACAAUCCUUACGAUUACUACAAUGUUGGUAGAAGAUCUACAACAAUUUAUUCUACAAGAUAGUCGUCGAUUGGGAAAAUUUAAAACAUAUUUUGAUUUUAAUAAUCAAUUAUCAAAUUUAGCUAUUGUUCUUCCAGCAUAUAUUCUGUUCUAUGCUGGUUUAGCAUUACGAUUUAUAUAUGGUGAUGUCAAUUCAUUUUCCACAGCAAGAGCAACUUUGCUUCUGUGUGCUAGGAUUGUAUUGGCAUAUGAUUUGGAACUCUGGUUCAUUCGAUCGUUGUUAUUUGUUGGUGUAGCACAAGAUCUUGGACCAAAAUUAGUCAUGAUUAGGAAAAUGGUUCGCGUUAGUUUCCAUAGAGCUCCAUCUAUUGGUUUGCUGCCCUUUGCAGAAAUGAUUGCUGCUGAUGAAGAGCGUACCGAAAGUGAAUGGUUAGAAUUUGAAAGUUAUUCAACAAACGAUUAUGUUCGCCGGUUAAAUGGUUCUGAUUCAUUAUCUUCCACAGAAAUUCCUUCCAGGCAAGAAGUAGAUUUAUUGACUGAAGAUCAAACAAAAGGCACCACUUUACAACUAGCAACUUUGUCUGAUAAGAUUGAUAUACUUAAUACAGAAAUAAACUCCCUUCGUACAUCGUCUGAACGUCAUAAAGUCCAUUCAGAAAAUAUGAACAAAAGCUUAACGUGGAUAGUCAAUGCUAUAGAUCGAGUAAAAAUGUCGAAAGACGCUCCGCCUGUUCUGCAUGAUCCUAACUCUAGUGUUAUAGAUAAUGUGGGUCAAAAAGGAAAAUAUACUGUACAUUUAUUUGGCGACAAAAUCAAUAAAGCGUUAUUUGAUAACAAUAGCCGUCAAAAACUCAGGAUAAUCAUGUGUAACGAAUACGACAAUUCCGGUCCAUUAAUACUGAACGAAUCAUGUCAAAAAGGAUCUAAGGAUGAAGCUGAAGUUGAUCAACAAGAAUACAUAUUUCAUGUAGAGUCGAUGUAUUUAGGUGAUUUAGAAAAGAUUAAAAUCAUGGAUAACGAAAUCAGUGGUGUAGAACGUAUUAUUGUUGCUGAUCGAAAAACAAAGAAAAAUUAUUAUUUUUAUUGUGGAACAACAAUUAAUCAAGACAUACCAGAAAUGGGACUUGCUCUUCCAAGCAGGAAUACUAUUAGCUCAAGUGCUGAAUUUGGUAAGAUUGAUUACUUGAGAGGAGUAGUAGUAAUGUUUUAAACAAUGUUUCUUCAUACUACGGCUUGACAAAAAACCAAGAACUUCCGGGAUACACCACUUAUGAUUUUCUACCGAACGACUCCCCGUUUGAACGAAAAACAAUAUAUUGCUUUCUUCGAUUCUCUUAGGAUGAUCUUUUACAGCGAAGAAACUAUCUCUGUAACAAGAUUCCUCCUUUUAUUAAAAAAUGUACUGUGAAGACUUUUCUGGAUUUGGACCUUAUAGUGGGAUCUCAUAGAGAGGAACUACUAUCCAUAAAUUACACUAGUAUA